AUGUCUAUGUAUGUGACAGGAGACUUCAUGGCUGAGCAACCAAGGAGGAGGGGAAGGCCGAGGACUAAUGCUGCCCAGAAUCAGAAUGAGAAUCCUGAAGCAGGAGUCGGUGGUAAUCAAUGGGCACAGUUGAUGCAAAUGCAACAACAACAUCAACUACAGAUGCAACAACAACAACAAGAGCUUAUGGCUCAGAUGAUGAAAAAGAUGCAGGGUGCCCACCCACCUCCUCAACAGAAUGAUGGGAGUAGGGGGUUUCGAGAGUUUUAUCGCAUGAAUCCUCCCGAGUUUCAUGGUGACCUUGACCCUCUCAAAGCUCAUGAUUGGCUCACCAGUGUCGAAAGGAUCUUUGAGGUAACUCCGUGUUCAGAAGAAGACAAAGUGGUUUGUGCUACUCAGAUGUUGCGGGGACCAGCUGCCCGGUGGUGGAAAAGUGCUUCUGCUAGAAUGACUACCUUAGGAAUUGACAAGACUUGGGGCCACUUUAAGGCCGCCGUGUUAGAGAAGUACUUUCCAGAUAGCAUGAGAGCUCAAAAGGAGUUAGAGUUCCAAAUGCUACGCCAAGGAUCUAUGGCUAUGGCUGAAUUUGCGGCAAAGUUUGAAGAUAUGGCAGCCUAUUCAAAUCUAGCUCUUUAUGCCCCAGAUGAAUGUUGGAAGAUUAACCAAUUCAAGAUUGGACUCAGAGGGGAUAUAGACUAUUGUAUGGGGCAGCAACGUUAUAACACUUAUUCGGAGAUACUUGAACAAUGUUAUAUUGCUGAGCAAAGCCUGAAAAAGAUUCAGCUAGAGAAGGAACAAGACAAGCCAAGUCAGAACGAGUAUAGGAGGACAAGUCAGCACUUAAAACCAAGGGGAUCGCCAUCUAAAGGCAAGCAAAACCAGAAUGUGAGGCCAUCACACCCGCCUCUUUGUAGAAGUUGCAAGCGGAACCACUUCGGGAGUUGUAAGACUGGCGAAGGGGGGAAGUGCUAUAUAUGUGACAAGGAAGGACAUUUUUCUAGGAGCUUCCCAAACAAUAAUCUUCAAGGAGGGACUACAGGAAGGGUGUAUACACUUAAUGCAAGGAAGGCAAAGGGGAACCAUGAGUUAAUUGCUACAACGUGUUUAGUGAAUAAUCAGAAAUGUCUUAUUUUGAUUGAUUGUGGAGCAUCACAUUCUUUUAUUUCACCUCAGUGUGUUCAACGUCUCGGGUUAGAGACUGUUCCUUUAGUUUCUGCAAUGGUAAUUGGCACAGCAGUCGAUGGUAGUGUAGAAGCUACUCAGAAGUGUGAGGACUGUAUCGUAACUGUUGACGGUCGAGUCUUCUUAGUGGAUUUGAUUUGUCUACCGCUUAAGAGGGUGGAUGUGGUGUUGGGAAUGGAUUGGCUUUCCGCCAAUUCAGUACUCAUUAAUUGUAAGGAAAGGGCCAUUCUAGUUCUAGCUGUUGAAACUGCUCCGGAAGAUUCAAUGACCACCCUCUUGGAAGGUACUAUUCAUAUGAUCAACUGUUUAUAUGAUCAAGAGAAAAAUUUUAUUCUUUUUCUAGCUAAGGAUUCGGAUGAGCAGUCGUCUGUUUCACAAAUUCCAGUAGUUUUUGAAUUUCCGGGAGUCUUUCCAGAGGAUAUCACUUCCUUACCUCCUGAGAGAGAAAUGGAAUUCUCUAUCGACUUGGAAUCGGGAACAGCCCCAGUUUCCGUUGCUCCUUAUAGAAUGUCACCAGCUGAACUUAGGGAGUUGAAGAGUCAAUUAGAAGAGUUAUUGUCCAAACACUUCAUCAAACCUAGCGUUUCUCCUUGGGGAGCUCCAGUUUUGCUGGUCAAGAAGAAAGACGGUGGGAUGCGCUUAUGUAUUGAUUACCGCCAGUUAAACAAGGUAACCAUCAAGAACAAGUACCCGUUGCCUCGAAAUGAUGACCUGCUGGAUCAAUUGAGAGGAGCGUGUGUAUUCUCAAAAAUUGACCUACGGUCGGGUUACCACCAAAUUAGGGUGAAGAACUCCGAUGUUCCAAAAACCGCAUUUAGGACCCGGUAUGGCCAUUAUGAAUUCCUCGUGAUGCCAUUCGGAGUGACGAAUGCACCGGCUGUAUUUAUGGAUUACAUGAACCGAAUCUUUCAACCUUAUCUUGAUCAGUUUGUGGUGAUCUUUAUUGAUGAUAUUCUUAUCUACUCUCGAACACCACAAGAACAUGCCGAUCAUUUGAGGAUUGUUCUAUCAGUUCUACAAGAGAAGCAACUUUUUGCUAAGCUCAGCAAGUGCGAAUUUUGGAUGACGGAAGUUAAGUUUCUUGGUCAUGUCAUAUCACAAGAUGUAGUGUCCAUGGAUCCAUAA